AGUAAACUGGGCUGGGUUGAGGGGAGUGGCCGUCUCCGGCGGAUCAGCUGAGCGCUCGGACGAUCCAAGUCCGGAACCCGGACAUCUGGCCCCGUCUCCGUCCACCCCACACCCGGGACACGCCGAGAGGCCAAAUCUACGAGCUUGGGGGUGUUGUUGCUUAGUGGUCCCUGAACUAUAUGACUAGUUGGGUUAUAAUAAACCAUGGUGGAUAAUGCAAACACUGCUGGGGAUGCUAACCAGUUGGCCCAACGUAUAACGUCUAAUAUACAGAAAAUCACACAAUGCACUGCAGAAAUACAAAGAGUGCUGAAUCAACUUGGAACCCCACAAGACACACAUGAAUUGCGGCAACAGCUGCAACAAAAGCAGCAAUAUACAAACCAACUUGCCAAAGAGACAGACAAAUACAUAAAAGAAUUUGGAAUUCUGCCUUCAAUAAGUGAGCAGAGACAGAGAAGAAUUCAAAAGGAUCGACUAGUGAAUGAGUUCACCACAGCGCUUACAAAUUUCCAGCGGGUCCAAAGACAAGCUGCUGAGAAGGAGAGAGAAUUUGUAGCAAGAGUUCGAGCCAGUUCUAGAGUAUCAGGUGGUGCCCCAGAAGAAAGUUACAAAGAAGGAACCCUUGUAUCUUGGGAUAGCCAACCUCAGACCCAAGUACUAGAUGAAGAAAUCACAGAAGAUGACCUUCGGCUCAUUGAAGAAAGAGAAUCGGCCAUCAGGCAGCUGGAGUCAGACAUUCUUGACAUAAAUGAAAUAUUUAAAGAUUUGGGGAUGAUGAUUCAUGAACAAGGAGAUGUGAUAGAUAGCAUAGAAGCUAAUGUAGAAACAGCUGAAGUCCACGUUCAGCAGGCAAACCAGCAGUUGUCGAGAGCAUCCGAGUACCAGCGCAAGUCCCGGAAGAAAAUAUGCAUCCUCAUUCUUGUACUUGCAAUAGGAUUAGCUGUUCUUGUGCUAAUUAUAUGGUCACUAGUGAAGACAUAGGAUCAGUUAUGCCAGAGGCUUCUGGUCAUGUCCCAUUGUGAAGGCUGUUCAGCAAAUGAUAUGUCAAACCUGAUAAUUUCUGCUUUAUCACAAGGUGCAUUUUUAAUCCAAGAGUUUUCUUGGCUUCUGUAUUAGGAUUAAUUUGAAGUUAUCAUUUAUAUGUAAUUCACCAAUAUUUAAUCCUGGGAUAGGCAAGUUUUUAUAUAGUACAUCUCCUUUGCAUUUCUUCUCUGGGCCAAACUACUUGGAAUUCUUCAUACGAGGACAAUUUUAGCUCAUUGGACCAAGUGGGUCAACCUUUUUACACAUGGAUCAAAGGCUAGAGGGAAGGUUGUGCAUGUGGGCUGUCAGUUGUCAAACACCAAUUUAAAAUAUCAAUUUAACUGCAACUUUAUCUGUACAGGGUUUUUUUAAAAACAAAAGCUGUCUUUCUGAUAGAAAUGUCGUAUGUCCAGUCUUUGAGAUAUCAUGUAUCAUUGGCUCAUUCCAUUAAUCAGAGAACAGUCUGCCCAUUUAGCUCACUCCAUGCCAAGCUAAUAGGUUCUUGGAGAAUGCCUCUUAUCAUUUUCCACAAUGUUUUUCUGCUGUUUUUUUCUUUUGCUUAAAAACUUUAUUUUUAAUUUUCCACAUUUUUGGUGUAUAAACAUGAUACUGGGUAUCAGCAAACCUGACCAAUUCUCAUUGAACAAGAAAUCUUGGGCAAUGUAGAUUUGUGUGUGUAACUUUACAGUUGAGACUUUGGGACACACUUAAAACUAGUUGUUUGCACCUUAAUUUAUGCACUCCUUAGGUGGUUGAAGUUUGGAGUCUAUGGGCAGUUAAUGUGUAUAGCUGCUUAACUGCACAUUUACUUCAAAUGCCCAUAGUUUACACUUCUCUCUUUGGAGAACUAUUGUUAGUUAUGUUGUGGAACACAACUGAAUGAGGCAGUGGGAGCUCUGUGAGUGGAUUGUCGUGGAUCUGAAAUCCUACAUUCUUAUAUCUGCGAGCCACAGGGUCCCCAAGGAGUGGAUGAAACUUUUAAACUGGGAGUGAAACAUAGAUCAUCUGGCUCCCUAUUUGCAUGACCUCAAAGGGGGAGAUCUUGCGUAGAGCAAUCAAUAACAGUUUGAAUUAUACUUGAACUAUUCAAUCAACUGCCACUAGGAACAGCAGAUCUUAUAUCCAAUUUUUAAUAAAGCAAUUAAUCCUCGUUUCCUCAUCAUGUAUCUACUUGGGUACUAAACCUUUUGAUUUCUGAAGAAUUACAUACAGUUUAAUUGUCUCAAGAUUAAAGGUUUUUAAAACUGCUUUUUGGGUGCCAUUUUGAAAUAAAUUAAAUUUAAAAAAUUGUUAUUUUUGCCAGCUAAUUAGUUAUUUGCUUUUUUUAAAAAAAUGUAUUAAAUUGUACUGUAUAAAUUAAACUUAUUAAAUUACUGUAUAAAUGUUACAUUUUUUU